CGUGGACUAUCUGCAGAGAGUUAUUGCCUCCCGGGAGGUCUUUAAUGGGAAACUGGUUUAAGAGUUACAAACUUGAAGGAAAUCCGGAAAACUCUACGUAGCCAGGUACGAAAACUACCAGUGUUCAGUGGUUUUAUCCAUUCGGUUGACAAUAUCGUAUUAAUCAUGACGGAUAUCCGGGCGUUUAAAGUGGCAUCCUACCCGAGAUCCAAUCCUCACGGAUAAAAAACACCCCAGGAAAUUUUGGAGAUUGGUUCCUCCAGAUAUGUUGGAUCUCGUCUCCCACCAGCCCCAUUGUGGGCCCGGCCGAACCCAUAAUGGACUUCAAAGAAGGCCAUCUUGGUACUCACAGAGCAGAAAGACUUAAUAUCAUAUAUAAUUUAUACCAUAUGAUUAAAUAUUUACAAUAGAAAAAUUGUUAAUAAAUAUUAAAUUUUAUAACGAAUAAGUAAUCCUGAAUCUUUCUGCAUAGGAACAAAUCUUGGAUACUACGCAAGAUAACGGCAUAGUUUAAAUUCAUAGAGCGUUCAAGGACAUGCAGAGAAGCCUCAUGCGGUUUCGCUAUUAUUUUAAUAAUAGUGUCCAACCGCUUUCCCUUCGAGUAUUUUAACAAGACGAAAAUGUUUUACACCGUUAAAAAAGAUCCGACUGUGACGUAUCUAACAUCGAACUCAAUAAAUAACAAUGACGUUUGUUCCGGUUUUCCAGCGAAAGUCCGGUUCGAGAUUAUCCGACGCCAUUUUUGUAUCCGGAGGAGAAGAAGACGCUCCGUUGUCUCCAUUGUUUGACGAACUGUAGUUUUUUAACCUUUUUUGAUUUUAAUUAUGGCCGCAUUAUUUGCUUGUACGAGAUGUAAUAGUAGACAUCCAUUCGAAGAGUUAUCGCAAGGUCAACAAUUGUGUAAAGACUGUAGAGGAUCUUAUCCAAUUGUAAAGUGCACCUACUGUCGUACAGAAUUUCAACAAGAAAACAACAAAGGAAAUACAACAACAAUUUGUAAAAAAUGUGAACAGAAUGUGAAAUUAUAUGGAAAGCCUACUGCUUGUGAAUAUUGCAAUAUUAUAGCAGCAUUUAUUGGUUCAAAAUGUCAAAGAUGUACAAAUUCUGAGAAAAAAUAUGGACCGCCUUUGACGUGUGAACAGUGUAAACAGAGAUGUGCAUACGAUCGCAAAGAUGACAGUAGGAAAAAGGUUGAUGGUAAAUUACUAUGUUGGUUGUGCACUCUAUCUUAUAAAAGAGCAUUAGCAAAAGCAAAACAGAAUAAUCCAAUUCGUCAUACUUCAGUAUCUUUACAAAAAAGUUCUAGUCAUCAUCGCUCAGGAUCGCAAAAUCACAAACAUUCAAUUAGUCACAGUCACAAAAAUCCAGAACACAGAAAAAAACAAAAACUUGAUAGUUCAAAAUCAGCUAAUGCAAAUGGUACUCUACCAUCAAAUGAUAGUGCUCUUAUGGAUCCAAAUAGUAGUGACCAUGUUGUAGCUGUAACUCAGUUGAGAGAACAGAUUGCCUUAUUACAGAAACAAUUAGGACAGAAAGAUCAGCAGUUACUUGCUAAAGACAUUCAGAUGGCAGAGCUAAAAGCACAACAUUCUGGAAUUGAAAAAGAGCUAAGAUUAAAAAUACAGACAAUUCAGAAACAGCAUAGUGAACAGCUUGAGGAACUACAGAUCAAAACACGUACUCUUCAGAAACAAGUAGCAACUCUAUCAAAGGCUAAUAAAAAAGUUAAUGCAGACAGCCCUUCAACUACAUAACAUUAAAAUAUAUAUAAGCCUGUAAUUAAGAAACUAGUUUAAGAUCUCCUUAUCUAUUAUUUACUUGAAUGCUUGUGACUAUGUAUUUUUGUAAGUGUUGUGACAACAAGAAUAUAGUUUAAUAUUAUGUUUGUUUUUAUGAAGUCUAGAUAUUUUUAAGUAUUUCUAGUAAUAUUCUUGUAUAUUACUAAACAGUUAUUAUAAUAAUUAUCUUUGACAAAAUGUUUUUAAUCUAGUUGCUAAUUUGCCCGUAGAUAGCUUUUUUAAUAGUCUGUCAUUUUAUAUCCCGGUGAAGGUAUUUAAAACUAUUGUUUUACUGCACUAAAGCAUUUAUCAUGUUACAUCAUUUGAAGAAACUUUGCACAUUUUAAAGGAAGUCUUGCAUUUUAUCGAAUUACAAACAUUUUACAUUUGGAUUCAUAUUAAUCAUAAUCAUCUGUAGAUAAUUCAGAUAAAUGUUUUAUAAAAAAUAAAAAAAAUUGUGUGACAAUCUCUGAAUUGUUUUAAUUUUAGUAAAAAGAAAACAAGUAAAGAAUCAUAAACAAUUUGUCAUUAAGAAAUUUUGUUUAUUUCACAAAAAAAAAGUCUAAUUAUCAGAUAACUCUAUUUAUAACUGUUGAUUUUAAUCCUCUACUCGGAUAACUGUUUUUCCUCUCGCAUGGCCUGCCAACACUUUUCUAUAGGCUUCGGGAGUGUCUUCGUACGGAAAAACUUGUUCCACAACAGGACUAAUCUGGAAAAAAUUAUUUAAGAUAUUUAAAGGUUGUAAACAACAAUUAUAGUGUUAUUUAUGCUCAAAAGAAUUAAUUUAUACAAUAACAACUAACUAAAAUUGAAGCAGAAUAUAUAAUUUUUCUGUGCUUUGAAUCAUUUUAUGAAUUUUUAAAUCUUUAAUAAAAGUUUAAAUGCUUUAUUGUUGUUUGUCUUUCUAUUAAAAUAUUCUGCAUUAAUUUUAGAACAAUUUGGGAAUAUUUCAUAAUUACUGCCAUCUUUCUGUAGUGUUUCAGAGAAUAUAGAUGUUCCUUAUUGAGUAUUACAGCCAAGGCAGUAAAAGCAUCAGCCUGCCAUUCUGGAUGGCAUGUCCUAGAUAUUUGGUCAUUUGCUCCAAGCAGUUGAAUGGUGCCAAAAUUUAUAAACUAAAAUUAUAUACAUGUAAAUGAAUAUAUAUUCAAGCAUUAAAAGUAAGAGUACACGGCAUCAAAAUAACAAUAGUUUGUAGCAUGCUAACUGUAAUAAGUAUAAUUUUAAACUUAGGUAAUAAUGAUAUUAAAUUUUAGCAAAAAAAGAAUGCUCUGUUUUGGUUUAUUGAACAUUUUGUACAAAAAGAAAAACUCAAAUAUCCAAAAAAUUGUCAAGUUUAACUAGUAGCAAGUACUAGUUCUGUUACUGAUAAAGUAUCUAAUUUUUCAUUCUUUAACAAAUAGAGAAACAAAUACAUGCCAAACAUUUGAAUGAAAUGUUUGAGAUGUGGGACUAUAUAGAAAAUUAAGAGUUGAUAAAAUAAUUUUGGUCAUUUCUUUUUUAUUGAUUUUAAUAAUCUUGAGUCAUCACCUUCAAUUAGUGACAAAACCACAUCCCCUGAUCUGGUCCAUAUUCCACAGUAAGACAAGAAUUUGCGUAAUUGCCAAAAACAUUUCAAAUGAAGAAACCUAUAAUAAGGCAUUUGGCAUUCUGAAUUUAUAUUUGUCUUGGUUGUGUACCAACUAAAUUGCAACAAACAUUACUAAUACAAGAGAAUUUUCAUGACGAAGCAUUUACAUAGGUUAGAGGAUUGCAAAAAUCACAAACUGGAGCAGUUGUUGAUGCUCAAGGUAUUCUUACUGAGAGAGUAAUUUUAGGUGUGAUUUACUGCCAUUUUUAUUAUUUAUGCUGAAAUAGGUGCAUCUUAUGUGCCAUAGAAAAUUUAGCUUAGAGAAAAAAAUGAUUACUAUAUUUAUCUUAUAUUUUUGGCUGUGAAUAUUUCAUUGUAUUCUGAUUUUAAAAAGUUAGUAUGCACAUUUAUUUAUCAGGGAAAGAAAUAUAGUUUGAAUAUUUUAUUUGUUAAUUAAUGUAAAUACAUGCAAAAAGCUGUUUAGGUUUAGCUGUAGUUAAUAAUGGUUUAAUUGGGCUGCAAUUUGAAAAAAAUUCCAGACAAAUUCCCAUUAUCAAUCUUUCUAAUAAUACCCAUUAUCUGUAAAUUUUUGUCGGAUGGAGAUUAUUUUUAAAUAAAAUUUAAGACAGUCUGCCCAAAAGGGACCACC